AUGUCUGGAAACUCCCCAACCUCGACGGAUAUUCCUCAAACUCUGCUUGAUCGUCUUGUCCCCGAUUAUCGUGCAUUUGUCGAAGCCCAACCGCCCGCCACGCGCGUCCCCUUUCAUACAAUCGAAUGGUCUCCCGAAUAUCGUCAAAUAAUAUCGUCUGCUCCCCCGCCUGAUCUAGGCCAAGCUGCUCCUGUUGCAGUCGGCUCCACUCGCACAUUUGACCUUGGCAAAUUCAAGGUCCUCGUUUUGACUCCAAUGAGCGAACGACCAAGUGAGGGAUGGCCGGUCUUGCUAUUCAUUCACGGAGGGGGGUAUCUGUUGGGAAAUGCCGAGACAGGAAUUUCCUUCUUUUCAAGGGCGUGCGUUGAGGCCGAAUGCGUGGUUGUUUCAGUUGACUAUAGGCUAGCGCCGGAACAUCCGUACCCAGCAGCGAUUGAUGAUUGUUGGAAUGCAUUCGAAUGGUUGCGUGGGACAGGCAAGGAAGAACUCGGGUUGGAUAUUUCGCGCGUGGCUGUGGCCGGAGUGUCGUCGGGGGGAACGCUAUCGGCCGUUAUUGCACAACGUGCAUCGCUCGCUUCUCCGCGUAUCCCCCUGGUUCUUCAAAUUUUGAUUGUCCCAGGAACCGAUAUGACCUUUACAGUAGAUGAUAAAUCGAAGUGGACACCGUCGAUGCUCGAGUAUCAGAAUGUAUGGGCACUCCGUGCGUUGGAUAUGCUCUGGCUACGCGACCAUUAUCUUCCGAAUGUUGAAGAUCGUGCCAAACCUGACGCAUCUCCGCUCCUCCAAGAAGACGACAAGGCAUACGAAGGCCUCGCGCCUGCGUUGGUUAUUGUUACGGAAUUCGAUAUCUUGAAAAGUGAGGGUAUAAUGUACGCUGAAAAGAUGAGAGAGCGUGGGGUGACUGUUACUUUGAAAGAAGUCAAAGGUCUAAGUCACCUUGGGCUUUCUGCGGACCAUGUGUGCGAGAUUUCGCGCGCUGUGCGGGCAGAAGAGAUCGACUAUCUAAAGAAGGCUUUCAGCAAGUAA